CGCCUUGGGGACUCCGUUCGGCUUCAGACCUUGUUGUGCCACAUCACUAGUAUGGUAGCUGAGAUAGUUUACGACUCUGGACGCCUCUGGAGCCCUCUGCCUCAGUAACCCCUCUGUCUCUGUAACACAUCCUUACUUUUUGGUGAAGCAUGAGCCGACCCACUAGCCCGUGCUCGGGGUGCUGUAGAGAGCCUGCUCGGGCCCGCAGCUCGCAGAUUUGAUAAUAACGACCUGCUGCUUUUAAAGAAGGCUGGUUAUGAAUCGCUGGAGGACCUGAAAAUGGCGACCCCCGACGGUCUCGCACGCGCUAAGCUAAGGCCUGCGCGCGCGGAUCUCAUCAUCAGAGCGCAAGCCUCGGCGGCUGGCCUGGGCGUGGGGAGCGCGUCAGGCGCUGGUGACCAGUAUGACAGGCGGUGGCAGGAAGUGAUGUCACCUUCCAGCGCCGACCAUGCAGCGAUGCAGGAGGGGCCGCACCCCAUGGUCUGGCAUUCCCGGCCUUCGGCACUUUCCUGGACGCGCUUUCCGAGCCGCCCACGCAGGGGGAUCUGAUGGCGGCCCACAAGUUAUGCAAGAUGGGUUCCACGGUGUACCCAGACGAGGUGGGGUCUCGGUGGAGUACGGGGCGGCAGCUCCAUAAGCAGACUCUGCGGUAGGACAUAUGGUGACAGGACUAUGUGUUAGGAUAUCUGAAACAUCUCACAUCUGGUGACAAAGCAUGUGCUCCGACCCGUGCAAAGUAUGUCUCGCUUGUGGUUGGAUUGCAUAGUGACCUC